AUCAGAUUUAUAAAAACUAUAAAUUUAAAUUCCAGUUGUUAGGAAUUUAUAAUUUUUCAAAUAGUAAAAUUGAAUUGUGAUUUGAAAAUGACGGAACCAAAAGUCGAAGUCGUAAUAUCUGGUAUUGGAGGCCGUUUCCCGGAAUCCGACAAUUUGGAUGAAUUGAAAAAUGUGUUGUUUGAAAAAAAGAAUGCAGUAACUUCAGAUAGCAGGCGAUGGACACCCGGUCUACUAGGAACACCAUAUGGAGUUGGUAAAAUACGAUUUCCUGAAAAAUUUGAUAACGUAUUUUUCGGUAUACAUAGCAAGAUGGCCGAGAGUAUGGAUGUUUUGACUAGGCUUAGUUUGGAAAGAUCUAUAGAAGCAAUAGUUGAUGCUGGAAUAAAUCCAGCUGAUUUAUCCGGUACAAAUACGGCUGUUUUCAUGAAUUCUUGUAUUAGUGAAUCAGAGUUUUUUGAAGUUAUUGAUACAAAGCAAUACGGACUUGGUCUAUUAGGUCAUAACAGAGCAAUGCAAGCAAAUCGGGUGUCUUAUACACUUAAUUUAAAUGGACCUAGUUAUACAACUGAUGCAACUUGGAUUGGUGGAUCACAAGCUCUUAUGAGAGCAAAAAGAAUGAUUGAAGAUGGAACGAUAAAUGCAGCAAUAAUCGGAUCAUGUAGUUUAUGCUUAAAUGCUAAUAUAUCUCUUCAGGUUGAAGGAUUAGGGAGAUUGACAAAUACAAAUGAAACUAGAUCAUAUAGUGAUGAUGCAAAUGGAAUGAACAGAUCCGAGUCAUGUGUAGUAGUGCUGUUGCAGAAAUUAACUGAAGCUAAACGUUGUUACGCAUCUUUAUUGAGUGCAACUGGUAUAUUUGGAGAAACAAAUGAUUUAUUUUAUCAUUAUUCUGACCACUUUUAUAAAGAAGUUAUAUUAAAUGCCUAUAAAGAAGCUAAUUUAGAUCCUGCAAAAGUUGCAUAUAUAGAAGGUGAAGGGUUAGGUGUCAAGAAAAUAGAUGCAAUGGAACUGAAUGUUCUAAGUGAAGUAUUUUGUACUCCAAAUAGAAUAGAACCAUUAAAAGUUGGUUCCAUAAAGAGUAAUAUCGGUCAUUGUGAAGCUUCUUCGAGUUUAGUGUCGUUAGCAAAAGCGCUUAUUAUUUUAGAAUCUGGAUAUAUACCUCCAAAUAUUAACUAUUCAAAACCAAACCAAGAUUGCCCCGCUCUUUUGUCUGGUAGAUUAGAAGUAGUCACUGAAAAAACUCCAUUGAAAGGAGAUAUAGUUGGCGUUAGUUCAUUUGGUUUAUGUAAUUCUUUUAGCCAUUUAGUUUUAAAACGAAAUAAGAAAAGCAAAGUAAAAAUUUAUGAAAAAGGAGAAAUGUUUGAAGACGAUUUACCACGAAUUAUAUUUGUAUCAGCUCGGAAUGAAGAAGAUGUUAUACAGUUUUUAGACCGUAUAAAAAAUAGUAAAAUAGAUGAAGAGUCGGUAGCUCUUUUACAAAGCGUUUUUUAUAAAUCUUUGAACGCCCAUUACUACCGAAGUUUCACUAUAGUCCCAGACUUAAAUGAAGGAUCACAAGAAGAAAUAUCGUACCUUCCAGCGUUGAUAAAACGACCUAUUUGGUUUGUAUUUUCCGGGAUGGGAUCACAGUGGAAUGGUAUGGGAAAACAACUCUUAAAAAUUCCUAUAUUUGCCGAAUCAAUUCGCAAAUGCGAAGCUAUAUUAAAGCCGAAGGGUGUUGACCUUAUUGAUAUAUUAACAAAUGAAGACCCUAAAAUUUUCGAUAAUAUACUUAACUCAUUCGUUGGUAUAGCUGCGAUACAGAUAGGUUUAACAGACGUGUUGAAGAGUAUUGACGUUAUCCCUGAUGGUAUUAUUGGUCAUUCAGUCGGAGAAUUGGGAUGUGCUUAUGCUGACGGUUGUUUCACUAUAGAACAAAUGAUACUUGCUGCAUAUGCAAGGGGUCGAGCUUCUAUAGAGACUGAACUCAUCGAAGGAUCGAUGGCUGCAAUAGGAUUAGGGUACAAUGACAUUAAAGAUAGACUGCCACAUGAUAUUGAAGUUGCUUGUCACAAUUCGUCUAACAGCAGUACUUUGUCUGGACCAACGGUUAGCGUUACGAAUUUUGUUGAACAAUUGAAAUCAGAAGGAGUAUUUGCUAAGCAAGUCAAUGUUUCUAAUAUUGCAUACCACAGCCGAUAUAUAAAACCAGCUGCACCGACUUUACUUAAGUAUUUGAAAGAAGUUAUUCCAAAUCCAAAGCCUAGAUCAUCAAAAUGGGUGAGUAGCUCCGCACCUGAGUCUGAAUGGGAAAACGAAGUAGCAAAAUACAGUUCACCCGAGUAUCAUACGAACAAUCUUCUGGGUCAAGUUUUAUUUGAAGAAGCUUCCCGACAUAUACCCGAGGAUGCAAUUGUUAUUGAAAUUGCCCCACAUGGGCUUUUACAAACCAUACUUAAACGAUCAUUAUCAGAAAAAGUGACAAAUAUACCGCUUACACAUAAAAGUACAAAAGAUUCAGUAAAAUUCUUAUUAGCCGCUUUUGGAAAGAUGUAUAAUAAUGGUAUGACUCCUAACAUUGAAUCAUUCUAUCCACCAAUAAAUUAUCCAGUUAGCCGAGAAACUCAAGCUUUACACUCUUUAUUUCCUUGGGACCACAAAGAAGACUGGCUAUCAAAAUGCAUGGUGAAGGCAGUUAAAAAAGGUUCAGGAGAGAGAAUAUUUACAAUACAAUUAAAUAAUGAACAUAUUUUAUUCGAUUACAAAAUCAAAGGGCGACAUAUUUUACCUAGCUCAAUUAUUCUAUUUUAUAUGUGGAAAUCAUACAUAACAAUACAAAAUGAACCACAUUUUGAUCAGAUGAUUGCAUUUGAGGACCUAAAUUUUUCGAGAAAUAUUGAAAUUAAAAUAAAUGAUAAAUUAGAAUUAUAUACAUUUAUUCAAUGUGGAACUGGUCACUUUGAAAUAUGCUUGGAAAAUGAAGUCAUAGUUUCAGGAAAAAUAUUUCGACCAGAUAUUAUUGAUAUGACUCCAAUAAAACAUAAGAUGAAAUACCCAGAUACAGUUUCUGAUGUACCACAUAGUUCAAUUUCUAAGUAUGAUUUAUACAAAUUGUUAGAAUAUAAUGGAUACGAACUCGGUGAACAAUUUAAGACUGUGGCUAAUAUAGAUUUAUAUUUUGAAGAAUAUCGAGGAAAUGUAAAGUGGGAUGGUGAUUGGAUGAGAUUUUUUAAUGGAGUUUUCACAUUUCUUGUUCAUAAAAGUAUGGAAACUUAUGACAGUCCAGCAGAUGUAUCAACUAUUCGUAAAAUGUAUAUUGAUCCAUCUAAAUUCGAAGAUUCUAUUGGAAAAGAUAUUUCUAUUUAUUAUAAUCUUAAUACUAAUGAAAUAAACGGCGAUGGAAUUUAUAUUUUGCAUCCAGAAACUAAACCAUUUUCAAUAACUACAGUAAAUUCAAUUGAAUUGCGAUUAGAAGAAGAAUAUCUUAUGCAAUUAGAUAAUCCAAAUUGUGAGAAUGAAAUGCAUUUUAUCAAUAACUGUUUGCAAGUUAUAUUUGGAUGUAAGAAAUUUCAAUCGAAUCCCAACAUGAAUAAAUUCAAAGUUUAUUACAGUAAUAAUGAUAAAAAAAUAUAUCAGUUCGCCAUAAUAAUGAAGCAAAUGCUUGAUAUUCAAAUAGGAAUUCAACACACAAUUAUAAGUUUAGAUAAAACUAAUUUAGAAAAAUUCAUUAACGAUGAUCAUAAUAUAAUAAUAGUAUCAUAUGAUCAAAUGGAGAACGUUAUUUUACUUUCAAAAAACGUUAAAAGAGUUCAUUUCUUGGUGAUAUCGGAAAAACCAAUGUUUAGUACCAAAGAAUGGAGUGUUAUUAUGCAACAACAAUUUAAUGGACACUAUUUGGUUUUAAUUAAAAAGAUUGAAGAAAUAAAAAUAAUUAGUUUAAAAUUAGAAAGUAUUACAGAUCUUAAAAAUAAUAACUAUGAGAAUAUUAAACUUUCUCUAGCAGAAUGUAAAAAAACAAAAAGUUAUCUUUACAUUUUUACGAAGGUCGCAUCAUAUGGAGCAUUAACAAAAUUUGUGGAAGAAGUGUUGUAUAGAAAUAAGUCGAAUAAGAUAAGAUUUGUUUUCUUAUUGGACAAUUCAUGUCCUGAUUUCAAUAUUGAUCAUCAAUUUUACUUUGAACAGUUAUGCAAACAAUUGUUUGUAAACAUUUAUAAAGAUAAAAAAUGGGGAACUGUUGUUCGAAAUUUUGUUGAAAAUUAUUCCAGUUUUAACGUGUCUGCAGAUACUCCGACUAUGACUUACCUCAAUGAUAUCACGUUAGAUGACCUGAAAGUCAAGUACCUAGGAAUUAAUUUCCAUGAUAUAUCUGUAAAUAAUAGUAUGAUGGAUAACGAACUUGGUCAUUUAGAAUAUUCUGGUAUAACAGACAAUGGUAAAAGAGUAAUGGGAAUUGCUCCAUUUAGAAAAAAUACAUUCAAUAAAAUUUCAUCGGAUCCACAAUUAACAUGGACAAUUCCAUCGAACCUGACGUUAGAAGACGCAGCUACUAUUCCGCUUUCUUAUUCGAUGGCAUAUUAUAUAUUGACUAUUUUAAAAUUACCAAGUGAUAAUAUGUUUGAUAAAUCAAUAUUAGUAAAUGCCGGAUUCAAUGCUUUUGGGCAAGCAGCUAUAGCUGUAGCCUUAUCGUUAGGAUUCUCUGUUUAUGUCACAGUUGAAAAUAAAGAACAGAGUAUGCUACUUAAGAAUAAAUUCACUAUGUUAUCAGAAUCCAGAAUCUUUAGUUAUGAUAAUAUUGAAGUAAAACUUAAAAAAGCUACCAAUGGAAAAGGUGUAUCUGUAAUUUUAAAUUGUCUUCACGGCCAAUAUUUUCAUGAAUCGGCUCGAAUAAUAGCAGAACGUGGAAAAUUUUUUCAAUUAACUAAAACUGACAUGAAGAAUAAAGACAAAUUUGGGCUAUUUUUUUUUUUAAAAAAUACUACAUUUUAUGGUGUUAGUCCAGAUAGAAUGUUGGCAGAAACUAGUGAAAUAAAACUAAAAAUUCAUGGUGAAGUACAAAAAGGAAUAGAUCUUGGUAUUGUCAAACCGUUUGAUAGAAACGUUUUAACUGGUCCUUGUACAACAGAACAAGCCAUAAAAUCAUUACACUUAUCACUUCAAAAAGUAGAAUAUAAUCGAGUAGUCUUAGCUAUAGAAGAAGAAAAUAUAUUAGGAAAGUCUUUAAAAGGAUCAGAAUUUGAAAAAUAUCAAUGUUAUUCUGACCGGGUGUAUUUAAUUUUUGGAAGUAAAUAUAGUACUUGGAUUGAUAUUGCUGAAUGGAUAGUAAUAAGAGGAGCCCGAAAGAUCGUUGUAGUAUUAAAAAAAUACUCUAUGUCUACUACUGCAUCAAGAAGGUUUAAUUUACUUUUAUCACGAUAUAAAAACGUUUUGGUGCAAAUAGUAUCAGAUUCAAAUUUGAACUCAAAAGAAGAUUUAAUUUUGUUAUUAAAUGAAACAACAGCAAUGUAUCCUCUCGGAGGGGUUUUUUUCGCUACAAUGAGCGACGAAGAAGACAAGAUACGUAACAUUCAAUAUUUACUUGAAAACGAUCAAUCUUUACAAAACCUGAAACCUUUAUUUGUUUGUAUUAUGAGUGGUGGAGAAAAUACUUGUACAGAAUUAAGAGCUAACGGCGUUUGUCCAAAUACCAUUUGUCUUUCAUGGAGUUUAAUUUCUGCGAAACCUAAUUUUUCUAAUCUAGUACCAUUAUUAGAUAAAUUAUUAAUAAACAUAGAUAAAAUGUCUACAUCAACGAUAAUAUGCACUGAAUAUGACAAAACAUUGAUUGCAAGUCGAGAAUAUUAUUUAAAAAUGAUUGCGGAAUUGCCUAAAUCUAUUGAUGAAUUAAUCACAUUUGGAGAUACAGUUACGGAAGAAAUUGAAUUUAUAGAAGUUUCUACUAAGAGUCCCCGAUUUAAUAAAUCGGUGAGUUUACCUGUGUUUGUUGUUACUGGAUUCCUGCCAAAAAGAAUGAAAAAAUUGUAUGAACAUUUAAUAUAUCCAGCAUUCGAAGCGAGAUUGCCUGAAACUAUAGAAUCCAUAGAGCACGUAGCAAGAAUAUUAGUACAGAAACUUAAAUCGAUUACUAAAUGCGGUAAUGUUUCUCUAAUCGGUGUAUCUUGGGGUGGUGCAGUUUGUAUGUUAAUGGCACAGUUAUUGGAAGCAGAUAAUAUUGCAGUGAGUCUGACACUGUUGGAAGGUAUACCAAAUAUAAUCCAAGAAUGGACAAAGAGUUUGCUACAAUACGGAAAUAUUAACGCUAAAUUAUUAUUGAAUUAUUUCCAAAUCAGCAGUAUGAUGGCCAGAGAAAUAUCAACAAAAAACGGUUGGAAUACAGAAUUGCCUAAAGUGUUAUUAUCAAACAACGUAUUGGCUACUGAUAAAACUUUAAAGGCAUUGAACGCAAUACGCUCUAGAUUGAACGCUUUACUUGAUUUAAGGCCACUUACAAAUAGAAUAAUCGCAAAAAUCAUGGUGAUUUAUAGGGCUAUGAAUGUUGAAAAAUCAAAAGUUUAUAAACUAGAAGAUUUUUGCGUUAUUAUGCCCGAAAUAAUUUUCUUUGAUGAAAAAGACUACGAAAACAUGCUAUCAGAAAAAAAAUUAUCUCAAAUUAUAAAUAAUAAUAUAUUACAUUAUCAUCCAGAUGCCAACGAAAUUCCAAUCACAAAUUUGUACAAACGUGCUGAACUUAAUGCUAUUGGUAUUAAUAUAAAGUAAAUGGAUUAACUUAUUUUUGCAUUGAGUUAAUAUAUAAAUAAAAAAA